AUGUGUCAGCACAACGGUCACGUAGGCCUAGCAGCAAAGGAUGGUCUCCUUGAAGUACUGCGAGAGGCAACUCGUAAAGAAUGCAACAACAAAGAUGAAACUGGAAUGACUCCAACGCUAUGGGCAGCUUUCGAAGGACACAUUGAAGCUUUACGGCUGCUCUGUGGAAGAGGUGGGGAACCAGAUAAAUGCGACUAUUUCGGUAAUACAGCUCUACACUUAGCAGCGGCGAGGGGACAUAAAGAAUGCGUAACGUUUCUUGUCAACUUCGGUGCGAACGUAUACGCAAUGGACGUAGACGGACACACUGCGCAGGAGUUGGCGGCUAUCAACGGCCGUGACGAUAUUCUACGAUUCAUUGAUCAGGUCACUGGGAAGCUGGAGAAUAAUGACAAGAAGAAAGCAAAAUCGCUUAAAGAGAAAGCGAAAAAAGACCACGAGAAACUACAAAAGCAAUAUCACAAAAGACAAAGCAAGGCAGAGGUGAUGGCUGAGAAGGAGUUGAAGAAAUUGACGAAGGAAUGGGAGAACAAUUACACAGAAGACGUAACCACGAUGCCGCACCGACCAAGCAAUGUUUUAAUGGCUCUUAAGCAAAAGAUGACCAGGUCCACCAGCCAAGGUAAUCUAUUGGAUGAACAGCCACGUCCCACUUACAGCGCUCUGGUAGGAACAGUGAGCUCAGGCGUCCGUGGCCGCGGUGCUGUCUAUAAGAAAGCAUUGGCUACCAAAAUAAAAAAUGGUACACUCCGAAAGAACAAUGUCAACGAUGACUUUAAGGUCGGUGAGGUGGAGGUGACGGGCCGUCGUUCAGUGACGUCACUGAGUGGAGUCCGUCGCGACUCCGAAGUGAUGUACGUGGGAACAUUCGGGGCUGGGCCACAGCAGAGAGCCAAUCUCGCACAGGUCUUCACGCCCACUGAUCAGAAGGCCACGCUUACCAGGUCAGCAAGUCAGCCUGAUUUCUUGGCAGCGCAGAACGAAGAUAGCGGCAUCGGACAAGAAGUAUUAUUGCAAGAACCGGCCAGCAUUUUUGAUAGACCCGGCUUCGGGAGUGUGGCGUUUAGACGAUCGAUAACAGCGACAUUGGGGUCUGUCCCUGGAGGUGAAGACGCGUCAAUUGGAUCAGCGGGUUCACUUGCUGCGAGACACGUGUAUCUUCCCAAUGACUGGAAUUCUACGCAAUCCGGAAGCUCAACCAUAACAUCAGACGAAGAAGGCGAACCGGAGGAAACCGGUUAUGCGUCGCUUGAGCGGUUCCUCACAGCUUGGGGCCUUUCUCAAUACACGCACAAGUUCAGGGAAGAGCAGAUAGACCUCGAUGCCCUAAUGCUGCUAACUGAGAGCGAUCUUAAGUCACUGGGAUUACCACUCGGACCCUACCGGAAGUUGGUCACGGCGGUUCAGGAACGGAAACAGGCACUCUCACAUCCGGGACCUAUGGUAGAUACGGCAAUUUGA